AUGGCCGCCCACGCCACCAAGUAUGCCUACUUCAGGCAAGGCGUCUCGUCUCUCACGUCGCAGCCCUCGUUCAGACCGACGCGUCAAUCGCUCCAACGGCACGCCGCCGUCGCCGCCGCCCGCACUCUUGCCACCACGGUGGGCGACCCAGCCUCAACGCCGACGCCGACCUCGUCAUCCACAGCCCCGAAGUCCGCUCGCCCACGCACCCACUUCUCUGACCGCCUGAACUCGGGCCCCGCCUUCGGCGACUUCGUCGGCGGCGGCGGCGCCAAAGAGGAGGCCCUGUCGGCGGACGAGAUGCUGGAGCUGCGGACGGCCAUGGUGGGCCCGGAGGGCAAGAAGAAGCAGAUCACGCGGCUGCCGUCGUGGCUCAAGACGCCGAUCCCGCUGUCGGACAACUACAAGAAGAUCAAGAACGACCUGCGGGGGCUGAACCUGCACACGGUGUGCGAGGAGGCGCGGUGCCCCAACAUCGGCGAGUGCUGGGGCGGCGACAACAAGAACGCGGCGACGGCGACCAUCAUGCUCAUGGGCGACACGUGCACGCGCGGCUGCCGCUUCUGCAGCGUCAAGACGAGCAACCGCCCCGCGCCGCUGGACCCGCACGAGCCCGAGAACACGGCCGAGGCGCUCAAGCGCUGGGGGCUGGGCUACGUCGUGCUCACGAGCGUCGACCGCGACGACCUCGCCGACGGCGGCGCCCGCCACUUCGCCGAGACGAUUGCCAAGAUCAAGCAGAAGGCGCCGACCAUGCUGGUCGAGGCGCUGACGGGCGACUACGCGGGCGACGUGGACAUGGUGGCGCUGGUCGCCCGCAGCGGGCUGGAUGUCUACGCGCACAACAUGGAGACGGUCGAGGCGCUGACGCCCUUCGUCCGCGAUCGCAGGGCCAAGUUCAGGCAGAGCUUGGAGGUGCUGCGCGCGGCGAAGGAGGCGAAGCCGGGGCUGAUCACCAAGACGAGCAUGAUGCUGGGGUUGGGUGAGACGGAGGAGCAGAUGUGGCACGCGCUGAAGGAACUCAGGAAAGUCGACGUCGAUGUCGUCACGUUCGGCCAGUACAUGCGCCCCACCAAGCGCCACAUGAAGGUCGAGGAGUACGUGACGCCGGCAAAGUUUGAAAUGUGGCGCCAGCGCGCCCUCGACAUGGGCUUCCUGUACUGCGCGUCCGGCCCGCUCGUGCGCUCGUCUUACAAGGCGGGCGAGGCCUUUAUCGAAAACGUGCUCAAGAAGAGGGCCGCAGAGCGUGCGGGCGAGAGCGUCACGGCAUCAUCCGUGCCGCUGACGUCGAUGGAGGGCGUGAAGGAGAUGCAGUCAUCGUGA